AUGAGUUCAUUAUUCUAAGGGAUCAAAUUAAAUAUUUUCACUGUAAACAUCAUAACUAAACAAUCUAUCAAUUGCCCUGCCCUUACAAUAGUUAUCGAAAAUUAAGUUGAUAUUUAAUUAUAUUUAAAAUCUACAAAUUGCUAUUUUAAGCAAUUGUUAUCAUAAAAUGGAGAAUAGUCAGCUGGUAGGGAAACUAAGUUAAUUGCAGUACAAAGACCUAAAGUUGAUAAGCGCCACUAUGGAAGACAACCAAAGAAAUAUAAUCCUUUAAUAUAUAUAAUUUGA